AUGGGGCUCAGGCGUCUAUGCUGGACGGCCAAAAAUUGUGGCGCCACCGCGCUCACCUUGACGGACAGCAUGGUGGCAUGCCUGGCUUUUGAGAAAGGGCGCAGCGGGUCUAGUGGACUCAAUGCUCUCUGUCGCCGGGCCGCAGCUUAUAGCAUUGGGUGCCAAAUCCAGUGGCGUUUGCUCCACAUCACCACGGACCGCAACGUGGCGGAUGAACCAUCACGGAGGUGGGGGCCCGACUUUGAGAGGCCGUCCGACAGCAAGCACCGAGGAAGGCGGAACACCAUAGACGAUGCGACCCAGGGCAUUCGCGUUGACGCUGCCGGCGACUUCACCGACUUCGUGUCCAACUUCGGCAACCCAACCUGCUCAGCUACCUCCUCCUGCUCUUCAGCGUCUACACCGCGCUACUUCCUCGAGGUUUUCUGCGGCGCGGGGCGGCUCACUCGAGCGGUGGCAGGAGCAGGGAUGCGAGCACUUCCGGACAUGGAGAUUGCGAAGGGCCACCAGUUUGACCUCCUCAACCCCUCCGUCCAAAAGGUCAUCUUCGAUCUCACUCGUGAUGGUCGGCUGUGGCAGGCGUGCCCUGAGGAAUGCCUCGGGGUCGCGCUUCCCAAGGAUGUGGCCAUCUACCUCAAUGGCCGUGAGAAGGCGCAGCUGCGAGCUCACCGCCUCCGGCAAGCAGUUGCCGGAAGAGCUCUUCGUCUGGCUCACCAGGAUACGGACGAGUGCUUCCUCCUCGACGCCAGGCGCUACCUCAAGACACACCCUGUCGUCUUCGGCAACUUCACAGCUCAGGACCUCGCAAAGCUUGUUGGCUACUUCGGCUACUCCGGGCCGCAGCUUCCAGCUCGGCUACAACUUCGCGCCCUCAAGGUCACCCAGAAAACGUUGGACAGUUACCACCGUCACGUUCAGGACUUUCAGGCGUGGGCCAGCAGCAAGCGACAAAAAGUCACCGCAAAGAACUUGGACCGGUUGGUGGUGCGCUACCUCACUCAGUUGGCUCUCGAGGAUGCGGUGCUCCCCUCUGAAGGCGCCUGCCUGGUGUUUGGCCUUCACAUGCUCAAGUGCACCGUGCCGAAAGCUGACUUUCUUCCUGAAGCCCAAGAGGCUUUGGCAGCCUGGCGAAAAAUUGCCCCAGGCGGCAUGCGGCUUCCAGUGCCAGAAGAAUUCGUGUUUGACAUGGCUACUCUGGCCAUAGAUGAAGCUCAUCCUGACAUCGCCUUUGCCAUGGCGCUUCAGCUAGACACACUUCAUAUCGGCUUUCCGGCCGGUGGUCGCUACAACAAGUGGUCCAUUGUGGCGGCUCCAUUUGACCUAGGCAACUCCACCAAAACGGGCAAGUACGACGACUCUGUCCUUGUGGCAGACAAAGCAGACCGGGCCUGGCUCACCGAAGCCACGCAACUGUACGUGGCUAAAGUCACUGAUGAACUUUUUCCAUCUUUGACCUUGGCCAAGUAUGAGAAAUGGCUCAAACAGGCGGCUACAAAACUUGGCUACAAGACUCCCUGUGUCAUGCCCCACAUUUUGAGGCAUGCUGGUACUUCCAAUGACGCCUUCCGCAAAAGGCGUUCACUGGCUGACAUUCAGAAGAGAGGCAGAUGGGAGGCCAAGAAGAGUGUGAGCCGCUACGAGAAGCAUGCGCUUCUUCUAAAACGGUGGGAGCAAGCUGACUCGAAUCGCAACCAGACCAUCCGAGUCAGAUCCCAGGCGCUGCCAAGACGUUUGUUGUCAGCGCUGCGACAGCGGUAG